UUUAGUAAAAAAAAGUAUUAAUAUAAAAUGUAUGGUUGCAGGUAUUAAUUGAAAUGUGAAUCUAGGAAUUUUCUGUGUAUAAUACAUAAGGUGCUGAUUAGUCAAUUAAUUUUAUACGUCGCAAAGCAUUGUUAGGUACAAUUUUGACCCGAUCUAUAUCACAAAGGUAUAGUACGCCCAAUCAUUAAUAUUGCAUAAAGCUUCCCCUGUUAAGAACUGCACAUGCGCAGUAGUAGCUCUUUUCCAUACAAAACAAACGACAGACGUGUUUCACUAAAGAAAAUUACAAAUAUCAAACAGCUAAGCCAAACUGAAUUUAUUAGUAUUGAUAAAGCGAUUCGUGAAUUCUAAUGGAAAGUGAAAACCAAAACAAACAGAACACAACAAUGUAAACAUGAGUGAGCAUAAGAUAUUGUUUUGUAUUUUCUUUCUUAUUAUUUACUGCCUCUACAAUGUUAACAUGUGGUUUACGGCUAUGAACAAUCAUGUUGAAGAAACAAAGAUUGAGCCGGUCGAUAAACAGCCGAAAAUAAAACAAAGUUUUUCAGUGAAAAUCUCAAGGCACAAUACAAUUCCAUUGUUCAUGAAAGACGCAUGCAGCGUUUUGGACAUAUUCACCAAACCGGAUAUACACAGGAAACCACAUACAAACAAAAUGGACUACGAUAAUGGUAUAUCUACAAUUGGUAUAACCGUUUUUCUUGUGAUACUAGUUUUAAAUGCAGCUAUGGAUGCAUUUAGAGAAAAAUCAGAGAUGAAGGAGAAGGAAAACACAGAAGGUAGAAGGCAGUCCCUCGCAGAGUUUGCUAAUAAAAGGCCAUUAAGACGUGAGUCUAGUAGAUUCGGCUUUCAAUUGUUUCAAAUUUCUGAAACAGAAACGAAAACAGAAGAAAACCAAACUCGCAAAACAAGACCAUACUUAAGAGGAGAGUCGAUAAAUUCUUAUCUAAGUGACAAGAAGACUCAUUCAGAAACCGCCCCAGCAUCCAUUGGUGACAUAAAUGAGCCCAAACUACUAAAACGACAAUCUAUUGCUAGACUCAUUGGAGCACGGCCAAUUCCAAUGAUACGUCGUUCAUCCUUCCCAGUUCUUCCCUUGAACCCCGAUGUCCAGGCGCUGAUGCACCCCAAUCGACAGGCGUCAUUUGACAGCGACGAUGAAGCAGACGGGAAAUGUCGAAGGAUCAGAAUUAUUCGCCGAUACUAAUUGAAGUGUUAUCUAUUAUGUACAUAUUUCAAGUUUUACUUGGUGUUCUCUAUAAAUUUGUUAAAGAAAAAUCCUCAACCUAAGCUAGAAGUAUCGUCACAGCUAAAUAACUAAGUCAAUCAGAGCGUAAAAAUAAUUUUACAGAAAGAGACAAAAUAGCACUUUAGAUAAAAGGGUGAAAGUUUCAUGAAUAAACGUUGCCCAUAUUAAGAUCUCGUUCUCGUUUGACUUACGAGAUUUACGUCUGUGUAAUUAUAAAAAAAAAACUGAUAAAAUUAUCUUUUAAUGUCAGUCGUUGGCUAUAUAAAGCCUUUGUCAAAAAAAAACAACACAAAAAGUACUGUUUCAAUUGUUUAGAAAGUUAAGAUUAGGGGGAAAUUACCGAAAAUCGUGGCUUAAAUCAAGGCGACUAAUAUAUACCUGUUGUAAAUAACUCAUAUAUAUUUGGCUCUUAUAAAGAUCUAUUAUGCUAUUCUAUUUUAUAUAUAGGCAGUGUAUGGUGGAAUAAUAAAAAUAUUGUGUCUGUUAAAAUGGAUAAACAGUAUUCUAGUUAUUAAAAAACAUAUACUAUGAACAAAGACGAGCUAUUGAAUGAGAACAUGGUUGGUGAGGCCUUACCUCUGGUGGCAUAAGGGUAAGAGAUUGAUAUAUGACAGAAAAAAGAUUUAACAAAUAUAUAUAAAAUUCAUAUUUUUGUUUUUAUUAAAUAAAUUAAAAUUAUUUUUGGUUAUAUUUAGUUCAGCGUCGAAGCUGCAAUUUAUUCUCAGCCGUUAUUUUAAAGUAUCUAAAGCAAUAUAAUUAUACAAGCUAUCUUUCAUGUCGGUUAUAAAAAUAAGAAUUUGGUAUAAAUCCUGGUGUUGUGAAUCCUUUUCAUACAUACUUAAUGUAAUUCGAUCUAGUUUUCUAUUGAUCUGAUGUGAUACAUGAAUGAAGAAGUCGUUUUAAAGUACGCUGAACUUCAUUAAAUCAUUGUUAAUACUUAUUCUAUAUAUAUUGAGAAAUAUUACAUACAAUUAUAACAGGGUUACACGUUAAAUGUAUUAAAAAAUGAUUAAUUAAAUGAUAAAACUAU